AUGUCGAUCCCCAACAGCCGUUCACCUAUCGUAGAUCUACCUCCUGAAGUUCUCCUGAUGAUCUUCAAGCACGCUAGCCAGCCUCGAACAUUUGAAAAGAGCGAGCUCGAAGCUGAUGCCCGCGGCGAGGCAGUAGCCAUUGUACAUGCGAGUUGCGAGGCGGAGAACACUGCACACGCACUUCCUUUUGUGUGUCGACGAUGGCACAACGUUGCUGCCAUGGAGUCGACUUACUGGAAGCACCUAGACAUCAACAUCGACGGCUCUUCUUUCAUCCCUGCCAUUGUAGAGACGUUCUUUGUCGCUUCCAGGAAUUCUCCUAUCUCAGUCACCAUUGUUCCUCCUCUGGGGAAGUCCUGCUCGCUCACUGCAUCGCAGGAGCACUCCAGGUGGCAGUUCAUCAUGGCUAACAUGUCGCUGCAUCUCGGUCGGCUGACCAGCCUCUGCAUUGAGACCUAUUACCGCUCGACAUCCGUCAUCAUUAGCCGCUUUCUGGACGGUGCCACCCUAUCACUCGAAGAUUUCCGACUUACCUCUCAUGAAACGGACGACACCUCCCCCCUUCAAAUUUGCUCGCUAAACCUCACUUCAAGCCGCCUGUAUGAACUACACAUCGACGCCGGAAGCUUUGUCAGCCUUAUGGAAUCCAACAUACAAUGGCCAUCAGAGGGGUCUACCGACUUGAACCUCAAACGAUAUCAUCCGAUAUCUGCUUCUCUCGCUCUGAGCCCGGCUCAUCUCAUGGCUGCCUUGCAGAAGUUUGGGCAAGGGCGUUCGUGCCGCCAGGUCGCUAUUGAUGAAGUACAAUUUGGCCCGGACGACUCCCCUCCUAAUGGGAUAUCCCUCCCCGAAGUUUCAUAUAUCGAGCUUGUUGACAUUCAUGGUCCCUUCAUACCAUUAAUCUGCAAUGCAAUCAGGCAGAGCUCCCAAAUGGAAAGCAUGAUCGUCAGGGGAUGCAGUACUCCCUCGCGCAGCCCCCUUCUCGGCUACGAGCUUCUUAUCAGGGACAUCGACUCGAGCGUCUCCUUGCUUCGCAUGGUGCAAGGAUCAGAAGUGGCUUACCUGGACAUUAGCGAAUGUGACGGCUUCGACGACUGGUUCCUCGGUGCACUAUCGCUUCGCGGCGAGGCGGACAAUAGUGUGACAUGUCCAAACCUGUCACGCCUCGAGGUUAGCGACUGUACGUUCUCCGCGAGUGCUCUGCAGCGCAUGUGUGAGAUGCGGCAUGAAGAUGCUCCCAUCAAAUACAUCAAGGUACGCUUGGGUUCAAAGCUCGACGAUGACUCAAGAAGCUGGUUCGAGAGUCAUAUCGAGGUGUUCGAUUGGGAAGAGAGGGCGUCGUCAAACUUUGAGGCGAUGUCGGCUCUCGAGCAGCUGCUGUCGAGGGUGGUAGAUAUCUCAAACUUGGGGGCGGGUAUAUAA